GGUACGGGACUGCAGGUGGAGUGAAAGAGGUACGGGACUGCAGGUGUGGGUAAGGAUGACUGAGACAGAAUUUUACCGUUAACAGGGAAUUUACUCCUUCACACAGUAAUGUUGGGAAAAGGGGCCUGGACGGAACCAAAGCAAAAGAAAGUAAAAGUUAAAGUGCCCCUUAUCCUACCUUACCUACCUAACUAGCACCAGCUGGCGCACUAACCAAAAUACAGGGGGAUGGUCCACCCAGGUCUUACCUUGUGUGCAUAGACAGAGUACAUACUAUGGGUAUAUGUAUGCCCGCAGGGCUCUUGCCUAAGCACUCCCAAGGUGCCAUCCCCUUCCCCCCUGGGAACAAAUGAAACAGAAUAAUACAAACGUAAGUAGACAAUUCCAAUAAUCAUAAACACUGCAUCCUAUUGGCACACAUAUACCUCAGAAGCAGCGGCUACAAAAUACUUAACAAAACCUGUCUCUGAGCAACAAAGAACAUACCAAUAAGCUCUGUCUGAGCAACAAACAAUACUGGGGCAUACACAGAAACUCUUUCACUGAGCAAAGGAACACUGGCUUUUACACAGCUGGAGAAGGAGUCUGUAAUUGCAGACAGCUGUAUCCCCUGACGAGAGGGCGGGGUCAGCGCCAAUCUGCAAUGGGGCCGACCAAUCAGCUGCUUGGGGGAAUCCAGGAAGCCAUUUCCUGAAAUACAUACACAUACAUACAAACCCACAACAACACAGAAACCGGGGAACGUAACAGAGAUUCAGCUUCAUAUCCUUUCUUAUUGUGUCUCGCAGACAUGUGACCUGUCUCUCUUUCCUUACAGUGAAUGUAACUCAAGGUGAAGCUCAGCUCUGUGGAGUGUCCAGUACUGGAAGCUCUAGUGCAGUAAUUAUAAACUCCACCAGACCUGAUGACAAGUCUGUGAACACUGUCAGGCUGCUGCCUAUGUGAGCUGCCCUGUAAAAAUGUAAACCGUACAUACAGACAUUACAUCAUAGGAGGACAUACCUUAUGUUUACCCCACUGUAACCGUAUCAAUCAUAUGUCAAUCACUGAAACAAUCCCCUCCUCUCGCGCUAUACAAACAUCACAGCAGAAAUAUCUACUGUAUUUUCUGCUGGUGUUAACCUUCUGGCAAUGAUUCUGGUGGCUGCAUUCCUGGAUAACAUAGACAGCAAAAAUAAACUGGACUCUAAGGGCAACAAAGAGCCCUUAUGUACUGUUUUUCUUGACACAUUCAAACAACUUUGAGAUAAGAGACAAGUUCUUCUCAUCCUUUUGACCUCAUACAUUGAUCUGGAGGUGGAUUUCCUUACUGCGGACUACACCAGUGUAAGUUACUACGCACAUUUACGAAACACAAUCCUUAAAGCUAACAAUAGUAAUUAAAACAUGUUUUAAAAUCACUAAAACUAAGACAUUUGUUUUGUUCAGGAAAAACCCUGUAUCUGACCACAUUAUGUCACUUUUUUUUUAGAGUUAAGUCACAUGUGCUUUGGGGAUACAUUUUGUUGGCUAUGUAAUGAUUUGCUUUGGUGGCACAACUUACUUUUUGGGAAGCUGUCACAAUACAUUGGAAGAGAAACAUUAUUUCAUUUGGUAAGGGGGGACAAUGUAAACACCAGAUGAUACAUUUUAACAUAUCAACAAUCACUUUGAUUAUCCACUUCUACUUACGGUAUUAGUGUAACUCUCUUCCAGCUUCAAUGACACGCAGCCCUUAUCCUGGCUCUGUUGUUCUGGAGGCCUCACGCAGACCAGCUGCCUGUGUUAUUUGUGUUUCCUGCUGUCUGGGGCAAUGCAGAUGCUGUAUGGCAGACACAAAUCAAGGGCGAGUUACCCUUUUCCUGUAGUCAUGAUUGCCUGACCUUUAUUAAUGUGUGACCAACUUGGUAUUGAAUCCAGGUCACCAGCAUGCCUCAAGACUGUUAGCUCUCUGAGCUAAAAAAAACUGUGCUGUGCAUUUAUUCUGGAAGCUAACAGUUUUCAGACAAGGUUACUGACUUGUCCAUAGUUCACUGAGCCACCGAUGUUAUAACUUUUACCGGCUGUUCAGAUGGAACAAAAAAUGUAAGAUUUCUUUCCAUUUUUCAGCAUUCUAUGGAGUUCUUUUUUAUGACCAGAAGGAGGUAGCAUUUGCUAACUAUCGACUAUGGGAGUCAGUGGGAUUUGUAGUGUUUUAUGCGCUCAGCAACUUCAUCUCUGGAAAUCAAGCUCUACAUCCUGGCUGGAGUUCUACUUGUGGCAGUUGUACUCUAUGGUGGGGUGGAAUUCAAACAGAGAAGAAAUUCUACACAGAGGGGGAAUUUAAGUCCAAACCAUAGAGGGACUUAAAUCUUAACUGUAUUAAAUAGACAAUGUGGAAUACAGCUCUCAUGUAAAUAGAUAUGUAUGGUGUGAAUAUUACGAGAAAUAUACAUACCAUUUUUUGUAUGUAAAGUAGAGGUUAUAUGUGUAGCGGUAGUGAGGUCAACAUGGUUCUUUUUACAUGGUUUAAAUAUUGUAUUAUUGUCUGUUAACUGAUGCUACCCUCUACCAAAGUAUUUCGGUAUGAAUGUGGGUAGAAAAAACAACAACUUGAACUUCAUGUAUUCAGUAUUCACCAGUAAAAGUGGAAGUGGGAAAAACUUUAUUUCGGUAAAAAUCGUUGAGGCUAUGUCUUCAAAUGUCGGCUAAUUGACUUCAAAUAUAUCGUAUUGUUACUGUAGGCUACAUUGAAUCUGAAAAACUGACCUCCACCCGUCCUGGUCGAACCACAUGAUAGGCUACACUAUCUUUCGCGCGGUAGUGGGUUCUCCUAGCAACACAGAUGACCGGCAGGCGUGAAGGUCUUAACUUAAUAACACCCGCAGAACUGAAGAAAGCUCGGGACCGAAGAGAUCUCUCAUCAAGGAUCAGACUGUUGCUUACCUGGUAUGGCCGCAGGGGUGUGUGGCCCCGCACCCCUGGUGUUCCGGCUACACGAGGGAGCCCCAGAGCUGGUGAGAGAGGUGCUGCUGGAGAGAGGCUGGGAGGAGUAUGACGAGCAGGGGCAGGAGGAGGGAGACUGGAACCUCUACUGGCGCACCUCAGCCUUCCACAACUCAGACUAUGAGAACAUACUGCCAUGGCAGAGACUCAACCAUCACCCCAAGACUGUGGGCAUCACCCGCAAGGAUUGCCUGGCCAGAAACCUGAAGAGAAUGAGAGGGACGUUCGGCUCAGGUCUUUACAACUUCAGCCCGACAACUUUCAUCCUCCCCAAUGAUUACACCAGGUUUCUGGCAGAGUACACCAAGCAUCGUUUGAAGAAUGGAGGCAGGUCGGGGUAUUGGAUCUGCAAGCCAGUGGAUCUAUCAAGAGGCAGGGGCAUCUUUAUCUUUGAGGACAUCAGAGACUUGGUGUAUGACUCCUCAGUGAUCGUUCAGAGAUACAUCAGCAAUCCUCUCCUCAUCUCAGGGUAUAAAUUUGACCUUCGGAUCUAUGUUUGUGUGAAAAGUUUUCAGCCCCUCACUAUCUACAUGCAUCAGGAGGGAUUGGUACGCUUUGCGACUGAGAAAUACAAUUUGACAUCUUUGGACAACAUUUAUUCUCACCUGACCAACGCGAGCAUUAAUAAGUUUAGCCCCUUCUACACAACAGACAAAGAGAGAGUGGGACAAGGAUGUAAGUGGACUAUGAGUAAAUUCCGCUGCUUUCUUCAUAGCCAAGGUAUCAAUGAACUGUUCCUCUGGCAAAAGAUCAACAACAUUGUCACACUAACUUUGCUCACCAUAGCCCCUUCCGUACCUUCCAGUCCCAACAGUGUUGAGCUCUUUGGGUUUGACAUCCUAAUUGAUGCCAAAUAUAAGCCAUGGCUACUAGAGGUUAACUACAGCCCUGCUCUCACCAUCGACUGCCAAGUAGACGUGACAGUCAAGAAAGUACUUCUCAAUGACCUGGUUGAUCUGAUGAACUACAAGUCCAUGGACAGUGUUAGACAGAGAGGAUAUCUCAAACAGAAGUACAAACGCCCCUGCUAUCUAGGCAGCCAGUCUCUGCAGUCCCCAGUGCUGUUGCUCCCCAAGUCUAUGUGUGAGCACCACCCAGCAAACAAGAAAAGUAACAGCAUCCACUCUACGUUUUCUGACAGUAUGAGAUACUUUCCAUCAGUUGAGAUGAACCGGAUCCGCUCUGCAAGGAAUUCCAUAAGCAACACCAAGGGCUCGGCUCUGAAUCCGAUACUCAUCCCACAUUCAAAGACUGCAGCUGUAACUGGAAACAGAAAGACACAUCCAGUGCUCUCACAGAUGACAGAGGCCAUCCAGUGGUCUGAGGUUACAGACGUAGAGUCAGAGUUUGAUGACAGAAACCUGUCAACACUUGUUAGCCCGUGGCAGGCCUCAAGGCAACCAGCCGGGGGCUGCUGUAAGCUACCUGCCAUUCACAUUCAAAAGUACAAGACUCCUAAAUUCCCAUGGGACCCUAAAAGCCAAGAUGAGAGCACCCCACCACUCCGUGUGGGAGACUUCAUACUGACGUUUCCUUUUAAUGAGGUCACACUGAAGGCGUCGUGGGACAAGCUCAACGUUAAGACUGCAGUCCACGAGGUUCACAAGCUCAUCAGCCAGCUAGCAUCAGGUUGUAGCCACAAACAGAAGAGAGGGAGGGACAAUGAGUUGGAUAGAUGCAAAGAGAAAAAGGAUUUGGGGUAUUUGUUUUGGGGACCUACGAACCCUCCUCUGCUUAGUGAGUGCCACUUGUCAAACUAACUGAGCAAAUGAACAUUUUUGGAAUGAAGCUUUUGGAAUAAUUUAUUAUUAGCACAGCCUAAACAUUAAUGUGUACAAACACAAAAGUAUACAGUAUCAACACACAUGGAAAAGCAACCUUGUAAUUUGUCCACAAUU